CCYGGUGUGGCGUGCGCUGAGUGCGCGGCUGCGGCUCCGCGUCUGGGUGUCAGCUUUGGAGCUGGCGUGCGGUAGGCCGGGAUGUUACAGACUUCUGGAGCUCAGGAUGAGGAAGAGGAGCACGCGGAGGAGGACUGUCCUGAAUUGGUUCCCAUUGAGACGAAGCAGGGAGAAGAGGAGGAGAAGCCUGGCCCCGGUGCUAAGAUCCCAGUCACAAUUAUCACCGGGUAUUUAGGUGCUGGAAAGACAACUCUUCUGAACUACAUUUUGACAGAACAACAUAGUAAAAAAAUAGCAGUUAUUUUAAAUGAAUUUGGAGAAGGAAGUGCAGUAGAGAAAUCCUUAGCUAUCAGCCAAGGUGGAGAGCUGUAUGAAGAGUGGCUGGAACUUGGAAACGGUUGCCUCUGCUGUUCAGUGAAGUAA